AUGUCUUCGAAUGUUACAUCUUUGCAAGUGGAGGACAUUCGACAGUCUACUGCCUUAUCACUUGCAAUUGAUGAGUCUUGCGACAUUACUGAUACCGCACAAGUCGCUCUUUUUGCAAAGUAUAAUAGUGUCCAAGGCCCAAAAGAAGAGCUUCUUGGAUUGCUACCGCUUGCAGGACAAACUAGAGGAGAAGACAUCGCUAAUGCUGUUCUUAAAUGCCUUGCAAAAAAUAACAUUGAUUUGAACAAAAUCGUAGCCAUAGCAACCGAUGGAGCAAGAAGCAUGACUGGCAGAAAUAAAGGAGCAACAACGAUACUUCAGAGCAAAAUUGACCACGAAAUUUUUACAUUUCACUGUAUCAUUCAUCAAGAAGCACUUUGUGCCCAGGCGUUUCCCAGUGAAAUAGUUGAAAUUAUGAAUUUAGUGAUCAAGAUUGUUAACAGCAUCUUAACAAAUCCACUGUAUCACCGUCAGUUCAAGGAGGUCUUGGCCGAAAUGGAGAAUCAGUAUUCCGACCUUCUUCUGCACAACAAAGUGCGAUGGCUUUCCAGAGGUAAAGUAUUGAAAAGAUUUGCUUCAUGCAUUAAAGAAAUCAAUAUAUUCCUCAAGAGCAAGGGCAUUAAUCAUCCUCAGCUAGAGGACGAAGAAUGGUUGCAGAAAUUUUACUUCAUGGUGGAUAUCACAGCAAAGUUAAACGAGCUUAACCUUAAACUACAAGGAAAAGGAAACCCAGCCUACAUGUUGGUUGAGGAAUUGGAUGGUAUCGCAGCUGAACUCAUCAAAAUGGGCCCGGACAAGAUGGUCGAUCUCCUACACCAGUUGAUAGUCCGGAUCUGGGACACAGAACAGGUACCGGAGAAGUGA